UGUUAAAACGUGUGUUCAGCUCUUGCCAGUCUCAGCGUCGCUUCAGUUUGUGCAGGAGGCAGCGGCUCCAUCCCUCCAGGAUCUCCACUGGUACCGAGGACCAGAUGUGAUCUACCCAUCUCCCAGUCAACCCAUUCCACUCUGAGCUGGGAUCUCUUUUAUUUGUUCUGCAUGGAUGAGAACAGCCAACCGCAUAUGGAUUUCUCACUCACCAACUAAUGUGACUCAAACCCAGGAUUGUGGGGGGGAUAAAAACAAAAACUGACAAAAGAAGGUUGAGGGGGGGACACUCCAAGUGGUUUCCAGCGGGUUUUCAUGUUUGUGGGAGCAGCACUUGAGUCUGCCUUGGACAUGGGACCGUGCGUCAGCCGAGAGGGAACCGGUGCCGGAGGAAGAGCAUCGUCCUGAAGCAGGGAAAGCCCGCGUGAGGGAGUUUUUUUUUAUCUCUUCUUUUUUUGCGACCGGAGAGGGGGAGCUGUGGGUUUUACGCGCCGGAACGAUGCACCCCAACCGCGGCUUCAUCCUGCUCCUCCUCAACGGAACCGCGUGUUUGGUGGCCCUGGGUCAAGAAGAUGAGUCCUCCAGCCCCAAAAGCUCUUCAGACGACUCCUCCAAGACGCUGGGCCUCCUGGGCGAGCAGGCUCCCCUCUCGCCCCUGAGCCGCUGGAUGCUUCACAGUAAGAGCAGAGCUGCUAAUGACACCUCUCUGGAGCUGCCCUACCGCUCCCCGAUCCCUUUCUCCAAGCAGGAAUUUUCUAAACAGGAGUUCUGGGAGAUGUUGGGCAGCGACCUGCUCAAGCCGGACGCCUCCAGCUCCAGGGUCAAACGCCGGCCAAUUGUUAAGACCGGCAAGUUCAAGAAGAUGUUUGGCUGGGGAGACUUCUAUUCCAAUAUCAAGACAGUGAGGCUUAACCUGCUGAUCACCGGCAAGAUUGUGGACCAUGGUAACGGCACGUUCAGCGUCUACUUCCGCCAUAACUCCACGGGCCAGGGCAACAUCUCAGUCAGCCUGGUGCCACCUGUCAAGGCGGUGGAGUUUGACCUGGAGCGCCAGAGCGUGGUCUACCCUAAGGACUCCAAGAUCUUCAACUGCCGCGUGGACUAUGAGAAGGUGGAUCGCAGCAAGCGCACCUCGCUGUGCAACUACGACCCGUCCAAGACCUGCUUCCAGGAGCAGAUUCAGAGCCACGUGUCCUGGAUUUGCUCCAAGCCUUUCAAGGUCAUCUGCAUCUAUAUAUCCUUCUACAGUACGGACUACCGCCUGGUGCAGAAGGUUUGCCCGGACUACAACUACCAUAACGAGAUGCCCUAUCUGCCCUCGGGCUAGAGGACUUGUGUGAGGGGAGGAGAGGUGGGAGAGGAGAGGAUACGGGGGAUGAAUGGGCGCUACUGCAACAGGAAACCAGGGCUGACAAAAGUCAUUAAUACCAUAGUGGCAGCAAGACAUCUUCAAAAAACCCCUCUCUGUAGCCUGCAAGAUGUAAAAACAUAUAUGCAAAACAAAAACGACAGUAUGCAGAUAGUGAAGCACCGGGAAUGUUUAACUGCAGCAUUUGUUAAAUGGACUGGUAGUGAAAUUUAAAUACCACACACAUUCUUACCUCAAUCCAGUUUCAAAAGACCAACUUCUCGCCAGCUAUUUUUCUCUUCCAUUAAGUCAUUUGUCAGUGUUGUCUCAAUGUCCUUUUAAUCACCCUUCACUGUGUUGCUGUUUCUGCAAAGUCACCAGGCAGUACUUUCCGUGAAAUGCUGUGUUACGAGUCAUUGGGGAGUUGUAUAAAAAAUUCAGACUUUAUUACAGACAUCAUGUGGUGUUUAACACCGUAUGCUGUAAGGGAAACAAUUGCACUUGCAAACUUUCCAGAGGGAACACAAAUCACUGCUUUCCUCACAAAAGGCAGGUGAAUGUAAAGUGUACCCGUCCACAGGAUCAUUCAGCUUCUACUCUUUUUUUAAAGGGCAUGUUUUUUUAAGUCAAUCCCCGAACAACAUAAAAGAAAAGUUCCUCUUCUUACUCACACCCUGUCCAUGUACCCUCACAGCCGCGCAUCCCACCAGGACAAUGUCCCAGUGUUUACCUGCAGAAUGCAAUUACUAUAUAUCCUUCAGUUAUGUCACUUCCCUUUCAGUGAUACAGGGAAAAGAGACAGGGAGAGGGAAAAAAGAUCCCAAAUUUGCAAGCAAAAGCAAUUGCUCAACAAAGAUUCGGGACCAGGGCUUAAGACAAGCUCAGUGUGAGGGAAAUAACUAGAUUCUGCAUAGAGACAGGAUUGGCCCUCCACACAUAAGAGAGGGAGAAAGGUGGGGGGAGUGAGAGAGGGAGAGAUUCAGUGCGCUAUUUUAAUUAAAGUGGAGAAGGAGAUGUAGAGUAUGCAGCUCCGUCUAUUGUCCCCUCUGUAUGAAAAAGAUUACAUUUUGUUGCCGUCAGGAUUCCUGAUUUCACGCCUUGAUAACUUUGACUGUGUGAGGGAGAUUGCUCUCUCCCGACAAAUACUGUGUUCACUAAAGUAGGCCCGUUAUCUUGAAUAAAUGAAAAUAUUAUCAUAAUAAUUACAUAUAAUUUAAUCUCCUGUAGAACUAAUUAAGGUUUCAACGAGAGGGCGAAAUGCAUUCCUAAAAAUCAAGUCAGCGGGUGGGAGGAUAAGAGGACGCUCGUGGAGGAUUGUUGUGUUUUUUGUGCGGAGCCGGCAGCCAAAGCUCAGCUCAGAGUUAACUGCUCUCAUUAAGAUAAAUGGCCACUGGCUGGCCCAUCUCAUGUCGCUCUCACAAACAAUAUCAGAGGAGAGCAGUGCACAAUGGAGCAAUGAAUUAGGUGACCUGACAUUUGUGCGCUGAGAGGUUACUGCUAUGCUGCUUGUAAGGACACAAUGAUUUCUUGCUUCAUUAACGACGAACAGUCACAAGACAGGUGUGAAGAGUCAUUAAACAGUGAUAUCGGAUAAUGGGUGUGAUGCUCGUAUACGGCGCGAUCAGGAAUACAGCCAAGAUCUGUGCCUGUGCACGCUUGGCUGAAGCUGUGCAGGGAUGUCCCAGGUGGACUCGUGCAGCAGUGACUGGUCCCUCCCCUCCUGUUGGGGGGGGUAAGCAUAAGGCCAGACUUAAAUCCUUCACCUUGCCUGUGUGUGCUAGGAGAGCAGUACAAGGAAAACAAGACUUAAGGUGAUAGUAAAAUCCUGUAAAUCUUAAAAACCUAAAAGUAUUUUACUUACUUCUUGGCUACAUCCAUGCUACUACGAUUUCAUUUGUAAAAAGGCGUUUUAAAAAAUAAAAUUACCUCUGUCCAGUGUCCACACAACAUUUGAGCUGCGUUUCAGUUUUAAUCCUCGCCCAUACUAUACUACUAUACUAUAUCAUCAUAACUCAUAUACACUAGGCAUGCGUUUGACUGCGGACACAGGAAGCCUUUGGUUGUUAGCUGCGGACUUGAAUAAUAGCGUGUUGCCUACGCAUGUAAACAGUUGUAUCGUUGUCGAAAGUAAAGCCAACUGGGUCAACAAUGCUUGUAAUGGAUUAUCCAUGUUGCGGUUGUUUUCUUCCAGAAGCCGGUUAUGUGAUAGGAGGCUGAGAAAUCCACGAAGGCCUCAUCAUGACUGAAAAGACACAACCAGCAAACGGCUGUGUCUACGUCAUCAUUUCCAAACAUCUCAGUUUCUGCCCGUCUAGACUAGAGUUUUCAAACUAAAACGGGGCCAUCAGUGUUUCCAAACUUCUGCUUUUUAGCAACUGUAAAACUGUGGAAUAAUUUGGAAGGCAGGGAUAUCCGAUGCAUUUUCAAACAAAAUUGUAGUAAUAUGGAUGUAGCCUUAAAGAUGGGGGAUAGCUCCUCUCCAUGUGCAAUCUGCAGGGGACUGGUAGCUGCAGCCACCACAAAGGCUGUUCAUCACCAUGAGUCCAGCCUCUGUCUCCUCUUGUGACUGUAUUGUUUUUUAUCACAGCCAAUAUUUCAUAUAUGUACCAGCUUGUCCGCCUCACACAUACAUAUCCAUCAAGAUCGACUUUUACUUGAAGUGUCUCAAAAUCAAGGAUCCUCACAAGGAGGAUUUAUCCUUAAGAGUCUCACAUCAAUCACAGAGCCAACUAUGAGAGAGAAUGUAGAGAUGGAUUCUGAGUCCUGCCACAUCACACUAAAGUCGUUUUUCACACAUGACCUGUGGGUAAAAUCUGGAGUAUUGGCCACAGAGUUUGCCCGCAGUUUGUCUUUCACACAUGCACAACACAGCGGGAGAUUCACUGCACAGAUGUGUUCACAACUGAAACACAUCCUGCGCAUUAUUCAUGCGAGAGGUGGAGCAGCCGGGUGCAGCAGACAGAGGCAGGAAAAGACGUAAUAACUCAGCUGUGGCUCUUAUCACAACAAACUCUCUUGACAUCUACGCCGGUGUCUUCUAUGAGUGUGACACCGCUUUUUCACCAGGAGAUAUUUGUUUUCUUUUCAUUUUUUUUUCAUUUUUGCAUCUGUCAACCCUUAGAAGCGUCAUCAAUCCCCCCCACUUGCUCGAGGUGAAUCCAAUGGGGGAUCCCCUUCUGUGUUCAAAAAUCAGAUUAUCCUGAAUUUCUGCAGACUUUCUCCACCUGCCCUGUUUGUAUAAGGUCUGCAGAACCUCGGAUAUUCACACACGUACCUCCUCCAGAGUAUCUGCAGAGUUCAGUGCAUGUCUGAAAGCAGCAUAACGGUUUAUUUAGUAUUUAUUUGAAACAGUUGUAAUGGAACAUACAAUAUAGAUGCUGGCUUGUCUGAAGGUCCUUUUCCUGUACUGCUGGAUGAAAUACAAAGCUUCAUGUGCGUAUAAUGCAUCAAGCAGCAUGUGUGAACCACUACCUGUUGCUCUGUUCAUUAAUUCCCUCACCCUCUGCCCCUUCCUGCUCCAGACGUCUGCAUGCUGCUCAGCCAUGUGUCCUGCAGUCUUCACGCUGUUGUCCCCUUCUUGUGUGUGUGACCCUGCUGGCUGCAGCCUCAGCCUCCAUACCCUCUCUAGCCCCCAUACCCUGGCGUUGAACCCUGCAGUGGGUAGUUCCUCAUUGCUGCCCCGCCUGCCCUCCUGCACACAGCGUUGAGCUAAGCUAGCUAAUCUCCGUGAGCUUAACGCCAAGCCAACUGAACAUCAGCUGUGAGAACACCCCUCCCUCCCUUCCCUCUCUAUCUAUCUCUCUCUCUCUCUAUAUCUAUAUCCCAUCAAACAAAUGCGUGCACAGACACAGUCUUAAGAUGUGCUGGUUUAGCUUUUUUCCUCUCUCCUGUUCAAAGCGUCUUGCAUAAGCCCUUGGAUUGUGAGGACAUGAAAUCUCCUCAAGAGCAUGCCAACAGAGUGCCCGACACAGAAACGCCCCAGUAACCUCAACACGCGUCUCCCCCCACCUCCUGCAGUGCGUCCACAGAGAAGUUGGAUACUCACACAUGUUGGGAUCAGAACUGGGCAACAGGAGCCAACAGCAUUAAACUCAUGUAGAAAAGAAACAAGGACACAUGUUGGGCUACCUGUGGAGAAGAAGCCCCCUACUCUGCUCCUUACCAAUCCCCCCCAGAUUUACAGCAAUACUCUCAUUGAGACUCCUCCACCUCUCCGGUGCCAGCUACAGAAAGGCUGCUGGACCAACUUUCAGAGACAGUCAUGUUGCUGUGGGAUGGACGGUUUGUUACUGCAGCAGCUUUACUGUUGACCCGUCUAGUGCCAACGGACAUGUGGAUAUUUGGCCUUAGAGACUGCAAGGCAACACUGGUCCACUCGGCAGAGAAUAGUUACUAACUGUCAAAAACAAGAAUAUACAUAUAUAUAUAAAUAUAUAUAUAAAAACUAAAAGUCUGCAGAUCUGAAUAAAGUUGUAUUUAAAUGUG